AUGGCCCAAUUGCAGACCUUUACACCCGCAGGUCAAAAUGAGAUAACAUACGCCGUUAACAUUCCGAACGAAACAGCCACCUCUGGCAAAGGCCCGAUUUUCUUCCAAUUGAAAUCAACUCGCAGCCUUCAAUGGUUUGCAUGGGGUCAAGGCUCCCGGAUGCAAGGAGCAAAUAUCUUUGUUGUCUAUGCAUCUGCUGACAACAAGAAUGUUACCGUUUCUCCUCGGCUAGGCGUGGAACAUGUCGAGCCACUACAUAACCCACAAGCCUCUAUCUCGCUAUUAGAGGGCAGUGGAAUCAGUAAUGGAACUAUUACUGCAAAUGUCCGGUGCGAUAGCUGCAUCACCUGGUCUGGGGGCCAUGAAGAUACAACCAGCUCGGCUAGUCCUUGGGUUUGGGCUUUCAAAUAUGGAAAUCCACUCAAGAGCAGCAGUCUAUCAGAGACAAUCACCAUUCAUGAUGCCUCUGGCAUUGCAGCUCUCAAUCUCCAGAAAGCAGCCGGUGGCACAUCUGACAACCCGUUCUUGACCUCAUCGGUCUCGACAACUAGUUCAGGCCAAGCUCUCUCAUCUGACAAUUCUCCGGCUGUGCAUAGGAAACGAAUCGCCCACGCAGCUGUCAUGAUCAUUGUGUUUGUUAUACUCUUCCCUUCAUUUGCGCUUGUACUUCGCAUUUUCCCAUCUUCUACAACAGUGUGGAUCCAUGCUUUCUUACAACUCUUUACUCUUGCUUUAGCAAUCGCUGGCCUUGGUCUUGGAAUUUCAAUGGCAAGAGAUUUGAGUUUGAUAUCGAGCUAUCAUCCCAUCAUUGGCAUGGUGGUUAUUCCAUCUCUUAUCCUUUUCCAGCCUGCUAUGGGCUUCAUUCAACACCGGUACUUUGCCCAAACAGGCAAGAAGGGCUUGUUUGGCCAUUUGCACCAGUGGUUUGGCCGUUGUAUGAUUAUCCUCGGCAUCAUCAACGGUGGCCUUGGUUUUCGACUCACUGGAAUCGGUACCUCAAUUGCUCCGACCGGGGCAGUCAUUGCGUACAGUGUGGUUGCUGGAGUCUUUGGCAUCAUCUACUGUUCGACGAUCAUUUUCUUUGCGAGGAGAAAGUCGCAAAGACCAGCUCCCUGA